AAGCAAAUUGAAUAGUAAACUCCAUUAACAAAUCUAAGCCUUAAAAAAUCCAUCACAAAUUUGUUUUCUAUAGGACUCUUUUCUCAUCCCCACCCUGCCACUCAUAUGAUCAUAUCCUCUCUCAUAAUUUUAAAAUAAAAUUUACUUCUUAGGACAACAAACACUUGAAAUAAAUAAGGGUUUUCAUUGUGGAAAUUUAGGACACACUGAAAUCAAUCCACCAUGAUUUUUUUUUACAAGCUUCUUUGAUCAUCAUCCAUGGCUAAAAUUCUCUUAAAUCUCAACUUUCUCUCUCUUCCCAUUACUGCCCUUCAUCUCCUUCUUAUUUUUCUCCAUUCUCUCUUAUAAUAAUCAAUCAAUUUCUCUUCAAAAAAACCCUAAUUUUUCAUCCUUUUAUUACUAUCUUCAUCUUCACUUGAUUUUAUACCAAAUUUACCGUUUUUAAUUUCUGGGUUUUGAGCAAAACACAAGAAAAAUCAUACCCAGCUCAUCAAAUUUUCGUUAGAAACAAGAAUUUGAACUCCAUUAAAGAUGGCUUCUGUUUUAGUGUACCAUGUGGUGGGUGAUUUAACAGUGGCAAAACCAGAAUUAGUUGAGUUUUUAGAGAGUGAAACGGUUGAAUCAGCGAUUCAAGCUAUUGGAGAGUCAACUGAAGGUGGAAUUCCAAUUUGGAGAAAAAAACCUCAAAAGGGUGUGAUUGAAAAUAGUGAAAUGAGGUUGCAAAGAUUUGUGGGUAUUCUUAAUCCUUUGGAUAUUGUGGCUUUUUUAGCAAAAGAUUGGUGUUUGCAAGAUCAGGAAAAAGCAAUGAAAACUCCUGUUUCUGAGGUUGUUGUUCUUAAUAAUUCUCUUCUUAAGGAAGUGGAUCCUGCCACAAGAUUGGUAGAUGCAUUGGAAAUGAUGAAACAAGGCGUGAAGCGCCUUCUUGUGCCGAAGAGUGUCGUGUGGAAAGGUGUGAGCAAAAAGUUCUCAAUUCUUUACAAUGGGAAAUGGCUUAGGACCAUAGACACGGGCAGCAGCACUAACAAUGGCCUUGCAAAUCUCAAUCGCCCUUCCUCCUCUACCACAAAUAUCAGCAAAACCAAGUACUGCUGUCUCUCUCGAGAAGAUGUUGUCCGUUUCCUCAUUGGUUGCCUGGGAGCACUAGCUCCUAUACCUCUCUCCUCCAUCUCCUCACUUGGAGCAAUCAACCCUCAUUAUUCCUCCAUUGAAGCCCUCCUCCCUGCCAUUGAAGCCACCAAGAAGCUGCCUCACGACCCAAGUGCUGUUGCAGUCGUGGAGUCCGCUCCUGAUGGUGAGCAUAAAAUCAUAGGGGAAAUUUCAGCUUGUAAAUUAUGGAAAUGUGAUUAUUUAGCUGCAGCAUACGCUUUGGCCAAUCUUUCAGCCGGGCAAUUUGUUAUGGGGGUCGAAGAUAAUAAUAUGACACCAAGGGCGGUUCCUGAUAUCGGAGGAGUUAAUUCAGGUGUUAAAGGAGAGAAUAAUACGAACAACGGGAGUGGCUCAAUGAGGCUUAGGAGAUUUAGCAGCAGAAGUAUCGGAUUCUUUGGAAAUGCUGUUAGCCCUAAUUCCGGGUCUGCUAGAAGUAUGUAUCGAGGAAGAAGUGCACCUUUGACGUGCAGGGCUACAAGCUCGUUGGCUGCAGUUAUGGCUCAAAUGCUAUCUCACCGGGCAACCCAUAUAUGGGUUACGGAAGGUGAAGAUGAUAUUUUAGUUGGCGUAGUUGGAUAUGGGGAGAUCAUGCAUGCUGUGACUAAUAAACCACCAACUACAACCGCGUCUUCGAAUCCCUAAAUCCAAAUUGCUCUUCUAGUUGGUUCUGCAUAACAUUCAUCUUCACAGGUUUUUCUCUAAGACUAUGUUAAGCAGAGACCUCCAGGUCUCCUAGUAUCAUUACAUGUACCAAUUGUAUGCCUUGGGAGUCUUUUAUGCUGUAAAAAUGCUUGGCAGUGUGGGAACGUCUUUAAUAACCGUUCUUAAAUAGUUGCAGAGUGUAUUAUUUUUUAUUUUUUUCUGUUAUGCUUGCAAGAUUUGGAUUUUUUAUUUUUUAUUUUUUAUUUUUAUAUCAAUCAAAUAAGAGUUUACAAAGCUUCCCACAAUUUGUCAAGCAUUGGUGAUCCUUGAGAUUUGAAUAAUUUGAUUUGUAUAUUCAUGUCUAUCCUAGUGUUCACAUUUAUAUGGA